UCUCAAAUCUCUUCAUUUCCAGUUGAACGAUCAACAGCGAAAUGGGGAAGCAAACGAGAUCCAAAAGGUCAGAGACUGCAAUCGGCAAAGGAAAGAUAACCCCAAUUCAAGUUGCGUUCAUCGUCGAUAGAUAUCUCUCUGAUAACAACCUCGUUCGAACUCGAUCCACUUUUCGAUCUGAGGCUCCACAUCUUCUCGCGAAAUCACCAGUUAACGAUGCGCCGAAGAGUUUGAUGAGUUUAGGGGAUAUGUUGGAGGAGUAUAUAAGUUUAAAAGAAGAGAAGGUGAUUUUAAGUCAUGAAAAGAGUCGAUUUGAACAGGAGAAGUUCCGGGUGCAAACGUUGUUGCGAGGAAUGCAGGAUGUUAUGAAUGUUUAUAAUGGCGGUGGAGCUUCUGCUUCUGCUGCACCUCCUCUGCCGCCUCCGGCAGUUAUGCCCACUUUGCCGGCGGGGACUUCUAUGGCCUCUCCUGCAGCAAAUUUUCCGGUUUACAACACCCCAGUCAUGAUGUCAACAUCCCGACUUCCAAACUCCUUAUCUGAACCCACAAAUUUCUCAACACCAUCAACAAGCCAACCAAGUUUAAAGAGAAGGACGAAUUCGAGAGACGUAUGUGGUGCUCCGGUAGCUUCAAAGCGAAAACGCGGUCAGCUCAAUUCAUCAGGUACUACUAAAUCAAUUUUGCAACCGAUCGCAUCACCUAAUAAUCAAGAACAAUCGUUACAAAUUACUCCGGUUCCAUCGAUUUCUCAUGUUUCCCCACCGACUAGACCUUCACCUGCUCAGGGUUCUAGCGUUGCCAAAUGUCUAUUCAACCCAACGAGUCAAUCUCCUGGUCCUCAAACACCCUCCCCUUCACCAAUCGACAAAUCCAUCUCUCCACCCAAUAAUCAGACUCCACUCUCAAGCACCAGAAAAACCCUAACACCUCAAAAAUUCACAUCCAGCAAUCGAACUGUUAUCACUUCCGAGACAAUCCAAGUAAGCCCUUCAAAGCAGGUUUCUUACUAUUCAAUCGAGAGGAAUCAUUGCAUUUCAUCACCAAUGAAAUCAAGUUCAAAAAGAUUCGGCACACGCGAUCAUGUUAAAGGAAGGUUGGAUUUUGAUGGAUCAGAGAUAUCCGAAAUGAACUCCGGGAUGUUAACUUCCGAUGAGAACACAGGAUCGCCUUCGGAAGACGACGCUUUUGAUUUUGAUUUGCCGAAUUUAGAUUGUUUAGGAGUUGACUUUAAUUUGACCGAAUUGUUGGGUGAUUUCGAUUACUUGUGUCAACCGGAUAACGGGUCUGGAUCCUCACCGGAGUCUCAUUCAGGAUCACCGGAUACAAUGGUUGAUGGCAUGACAGGUGACCAUGAACUUGUGUCAGGAAUGUCUUCUACAUUGACCCAAAUCAUGUCCGAGCAAGACAUGAAUUUGCCAGGGGCUAAUUCAGUGACAUCAGUGAAAUCUAUAAAACAAUGUAUCAAAGUAUUUAGUCCUGUGAAAAGUCGUAAAGUACAAGAGGAUUAGAUGAGAACAUUUCGUUUGUUGAAUAGUUUUUUUUUUCAUCAACAUAUUACAUCUCAGAUGAUAUUGACAUGACAGUGUUGGCCAGUUUAACAAGGAAGCUGAUAGUUUGAUGACAUGGCACACGUAUAGUACUUACUUUAAUUA